CAAAAUUAUUGUUCAAUCUAUUUUAAUCCAAAAUUAUUUUUUAUAAUGCCAUGUACAAGUAGUGAAAUUGAGAGUUGCUUCGAACCCGACUUCACUCGCUUCGUCCUCAAUCUGUUAAAGUUUCGUGUAAGUUUGGCAAUUGGAUUAUUCGCUUGAGGCAAAGUUUAUAAAAUGCAAGGCGGUGGAGAAGUCGUGAUGCUGCGUGGUAUGAGAGACAACGAAGUGACGAUCGCUUUGGUGUGUGGAGAGCGUAGUCGACCGGAGUUUAUUGGUAAGAAAUCACCCACGCGUACAGUCCAAUCAAAUGUUGAAACGAAUACAGACGUCUGCUACACUGACAGUGCGGUUCAAAUAGAUGGCAGCAGUUUUAAGAAGAAUGACACCUACUCCAUACCACCACCGAAUUGGGAACAUCCACAGCGAUCGUCUGCAAUUUCGCGUAUGUUCCACAACACGGAUGCCUUCGCGGAGUCGUUGAGGAAGUACCCCAAACCUGGCUUAGAAAAAUCUCAGUCAGAUGAAAUCGUCCAACGGAUUUUGAGCUACGCACAAGGCAGGAGUUUUAGCAAGAAAUCAAAGUCUCGAAGCAUGAGAUCUCUUCUGCGUAGAAGUUCGAAUCAUAAAAGAAGUGCGAAGAGAUCUAUUGGUGUUGUGACGAGCUCUGUGUCUCUCUUGUUCGGGAGGUCUUCCAGUCUUGUUUACACAAGGCCAGAAAUAGACACAAGGUACAACUACUUAAACACGAGUAUGUCGAAACCGGGACUCGAAGUCCGGUACUUGACGGGACUGAAACGGGCGAUUUGCACCAAGUUACUGGACUUGUGUGAUGAUUCAUCAAAGACAUGUCCCAAAAUCAAGAGUCGAUACAGCAAUCACAAGAGACAUUGCCGAUCACAUACUUUCCAAAUUAAGCCUCAAGACAACAAAAGCAUUGAAGUUCAAGCAACGACUCUGCGCAAAAGCAGAGACGCGAGCGUUGAGGGACCAAGUCACGGUAUCGAAACACAUGCAGAGAAGAAACACAAAUCCUGCUUCUGUCAAACGCCAGAAGAGUGUGUCUGCAAAACUAAAUCCACAGAGAGACAAGCAGACAAGAAACAAGAGUUUGAAGAUAUAUUGAAGAAACUUGUCCCAGAUUUGGAUUUAAACGAGCCUGAAGAUCUGCCGUCUCGUGUUGAAAAACUUAUCAACGAAUGGAUUAACCAAGUUCCACCAUUUUACAACGUUGACAUAUCCAGCGAUCAAAAAGAGGAUUUUAUUAGGAGAACAAUAAAGGAACUAAAAGAUAUUGAAAAUUUGAAUUUAGAUGAUGUUAAACAGAAAACUUUCAAGUGCUUGAAUGACAUCCCGGAUUUACAAAAUAAACGCGAAUCGCUUCUUAUCGACAUGAGUGAAAAUCUUACGAACAAGUUAAAGUAUUUACUAGUCCAAGACGAAUGGCAACACAAUAUAUCUGAUCUCGUAUCUGAUAUAUUAUCCAAAUAUGAUUUAUCCGAUAAAAACAAACAAUUAAUAACCAAGGCUGUAGCGCAAAAGUUGAGACCUGUAAUAAUGAAUAGAGCCUUACCGAAAGAAGAAUUUAAACAGUUUUUGACAGACGAAAUAAUUGGAUUAGUUCAACAGUUACCAUUGGAUGUAAGUGACCAUAUAACUCAGGUAUCGACAAAGAAAUCAAUGGAUAAAGGCGUCCCCAGAAGUAGCAGAGAUCGUUUUAUUGAUGGAGGCAAGAAAGAAUAUCCAAGAAGCAAUAUAGAAGAUUCGGUUUUAGACUGGCUCAAAGUCGUUCCUGAAAUAUCGAAUUUACCGAUACAAGAAAGAAAAAAGCUCAUCGCUCCCCUAGUGAAAUCGUUGGCUAAAUCUAAAAACCCAGAGAAGAUGAAAAGCACAGUGAAGAAAUGGUUGAAUGACGUCGUGAAUAAAGAUGGUACUCUUAGUUCACGAUCAAUUAAUAAGCUCACGAGAAAGCUAGUUUCAAAGUUACAGCCGAUGCAGGAAGCAAACCUGGAUAAAAGAGUCAGUGUCGGUCAUUCAGCCAGCCCCAGUCAAGAAAGGCCAAAAGAUAAAAAAGAAAGAAGGAAAGCUAACAUUAUCCGAUGGGUACAAAAUAUUCCGAAACUAAAUAAGGAUCUGAAUAAAAAUAAGUUGGCUGUUGAAAAUCUAGAAAAUACAUUAAAUGAAUUAGAAAGAGAAGGGAACAUAAAUGGCAUCUUACCUGAUACACGUUCUGUUAUUAAGGACUGGUUGACAAAUUUAUUACAAGAUAACAAUAUACGUUUACCGCGAUCGAAGAUUGAUAAUUUAGUGAACACUUUGGUAAAGAAAAUAAGAGGAAAUUCCCCAACCGUGUCCUCCUCCGCACCUCCUAAUAGUCGACAAAACCUCGAUACGGAAGUUAUGAAGUGGUUAAAAAAGUUAGUAAAUGUUAAUGCAACGAAUGUAGAUAAGUAUAACCAGUUAACACAAAAGUUGGCAAGUGACCUUGAAGACAUAAAAAGUAAACAGUAUGACGAUAAAACCCUUAAACGGAUGGUAAAUGAUGCAAUAAGGAAAUGGGUUUAUAAGUUAAAUGAAGAAACGGGCGCAGUGAUUCCACCGACGGAAAGACCAAAUCUAACAAAAAGCGUGUUGUCGCAAAUAAGACGUGCUCCGAUUAAUCACAUAGACGAUUCGCCACGUGGUACUAAAAGUCCAAGUCCUAGUAAGAAAUCUUCCAGAAGCUCAUCAGGACAAGAAAAACAAAGUUAUCCAAACCAAUUAGCACCCAAAAGCCGAAAAAAGUGGAAAAAAGUACGAACUCCCAAACGUGAGAUCCACGAUGGCGUUUCCAAAGUCCUUGACAAAUAUUCGUCGAAUUAUAUGAAGAAAACAAAAAAAGAACUUAUAUCAAAAAUAACAGAGGAAGUGGAAAAGAAACUUAAUGACAUUCCCAAGCCGACCCAUUCCGAAACAAAAGCACCUAUAUCCCACAUUCUAAGGGAUUACACAAAAUUUUCGGACAAGGACAUCGAUGACAUUGCAACUGCUGUCGUAGAUAAGAUUGUGGGGUUCUCUACGCCUUAUAUUCAUGGAAAUAAAUUCACAUCAGAUCAUAAAGAUGGGGACAGGAACUAUGAAAGUAAUCAAGAAUAUGCAAGUGAGGAAGAAAGUGAUAAAAUAUACACUGACGAUUCCCAAAAUACUGAUGACGAUGAACAACCAAAAGCAUUACAGAAGCACAAAAUUGGUUAA